GAGAGGAAGGGGAGGGCAGCAUUAGAUUGUUGAUAGCGUCCCUCCGAGGACUGCUAUUAAGAGCACGCUACUCUGUACUUCUCUGCCGCAGAAGACAGAGUGAUGUUCACGUUACCACAGCAUGUUGUAAAUGGAUGAGAUUUUGCUCAUCCCGGCUUGGAAAUAAGAAUAGGGAAAGGAGAGCAACUUGAAUCAGAAGCUACUAGAAGAGUGUGCAGAGUUCUGCAGCAGUUUAUAUUCGCUCUUACAUUCUUUCUUCUAACUGGAAAACAGAGAGACUGGCAUUUUUUAAACGGGCUUUUCCCAUAAUGGCAUUCUUGUAUUGUCUGGCCAGAGCUUGCACAGGAGGAAAGCAGGCUGCUGAAUUUAGUCACUGAUCUCUAUUAGCUGUGGCCUAAGGCUAUGCUGAGGUUUAUAUCCCAUUUGUAUUGUUGCAGCUCAAAAGAAGAAUGUUCAGAGGAUGACAAGUGUAUUCUGAGUAGAUCUCUAGUGGAAGAGGAAGACCAACAUAUGAAAUUGUCCCUUGGGAGCAGCGAAAUGGGCCUGUCAUCCCAUUUGCAGUCUUCCAAGGCAGGAACCACACGCAUCUUUACCAGCAAUACCCACAGCUCGGUGGUGUUACAGGGCUUUGACCAGCUCCGACUUGAAGGGUUGCUUUGCGAUGUGACCUUGAUGCCUGGUGACACAGAUGAUGCCUUCCCUGUACAUCGAGUGAUGAUGGCAUCUGCUAGUGAUUACUUCAAGGCCAUGUUCACAGGUGGAAUGAAAGAACAAGAUUUAAUGUGCAUUAAGCUUCAUGGCGUGAGCAAAGUCGGUUUAAGGAAAAUUAUUGAUUUCAUUUAUACUGCAAAGCUUUCUCUUAAUAUGGACACACUUCAAGACACACUGGAAGCUGCCAGUUUUCUACAGAUUCUGCCCGUUUUGGAUUUCUGCAAAGUAUUUCUCAUAUCUGGGGUCACUUUAGACAAUUGUGUCGAAGUUGGAAGGAUUGCCAAUACCUACAAUCUGACAGAAGUGGAUAAAUAUGUUAACAGUUUCGUCUUGAAGAAUUUUCCUGCAUUGCUGAGCACCGGGGAGUUCUUGAAACUCCCUUUUGAGAGGCUUGCCUUCGUGCUUUCCAGUAACAGCCUUAAGCACUGCACUGAACUGGAGCUCUUUAAGGCUACCUGCCGCUGGCUGCGUCUGGAAGAGCCUCGGAUGGACUUUGCUGCAAAAUUAAUGAAGAACAUACGCUUUCCACUGAUGACACCACAGGAGCUCAUUAAUUAUGUGCAAACCGUGGAUUUUAUGAGAACUGACAAUACUUGUGUGAAUCUCCUUUUGGAAGCCAGCAAUUACCAAAUGAUGCCAUAUAUGCAGCCAGUUAUGCAGUCAGACAGGACUGCCAUUCGCUCUGACACCACUCAUUUGGUUACACUGGGAGGAGUGCUGAGGCAGCAGCUGGUUGUCAGCAAGGAAUUGCGCAUGUAUGAUGAGAAGGCCCACGAAUGGAAAUCCUUAGCCCCCAUGGAUGCCCCAAGGUACCAGCAUGGCAUUGCUGUCAUUGGAAAUUUCCUUUAUGUCGUUGGUGGACAGAGUAAUUAUGACACAAAAGGAAAAACAGCAGUCGAUACAGUCUUCAGAUUUGACCCUCGAUACAAUAAAUGGAUGCAAGUUGCAUCUUUAAAUGAAAAGCGCACCUUCUUCCACCUAAGUGCCCUCAAAGGAUAUCUGUAUGCAGUUGGUGGGCGCAAUGCGGCUGGUGAACUGCCUACAGUGGAAUGUUACAAUCCACGAACAAAUGAGUGGACCUAUGUUGCCAAAAUGAGUGAGCCCCACUAUGGCCACGCUGGGACUGUGUAUGGAGGAGUAAUGUAUAUUUCAGGAGGAAUUACUCAUGACACUUUCCAAAAGGAGCUCAUGUGCUUUGACCCUGAUACUGACAAAUGGAUUCAGAAGGCACCGAUGACCACCGUCAGAGGCCUGCACUGCAUGUGUACCGUGGGAGAAAGGCUCUAUGUCAUUGGUGGCAAUCACUUCAGAGGAACAAGUGAUUAUGAUGAUGUCCUAAGCUGUGAAUACUACUCACCUAUCCUUGACCAGUGGACCCCAAUUGCAGCCAUGUUAAGAGGCCAGAGUGAUGUUGGGGUCGCUGUGUUUGAAAAUAAAAUCUAUGUGGUUGGUGGGUAUUCCUGGAAUAACCGUUGUAUGGUAGAGAUAGUGCAGAAAUAUGAUCCAGAUAAAGAUGAAUGGCAUAAGGUUUUUGAUCUCCCAGAGUCCCUGGGUGGCAUCCGAGCUUGCACACUCACGGUUUUUCCACCUGAAGAAUCCACACCAUCACCUUCUAGAGAGUCCCCUCUUUCUGCACCGUAAGAUCAACCCUACAACUAAGAUGCUGUAGUCCUAUCUUUGCAAUGUGUCUUGGAUUCUCUUCUUUUUCUCCCCUUCCCCCUUAAGUAGUGUAUGUUAGGAUUAGCCUCCAGUAAUUGAUACAGAUAUUGGAAAAAAGAUGACAUUGAUGUUAUUUGUGCUGUUUGUUUGGCUUAGAGUGUUUAUAAAGUGGUGACAAAACCAUUCUGGAAAUGUAUUCCAUAGAAGCUGAUGCUUAACCUAUGAUAAAAAGAAAAAAAAAAAAACAACCAAGGUAUUGUCUAUAAAAUGUUUCUUCAGUACUUUUUGAUGCUGUGUACUGGAUGUAAGGUAUUUGUCAUCUUACAUUCGAAAGCCCAAUAAACUAAGUUGAAGGUGGAUUAUAGUAAAUGUACAACUGUGCUAACUAUGCUUCAAAGUCAAAAGUUUUCAUUUCAUCUUUGACUGUAAGAUGCCUCAAAGGGAGGCAGCCUGCUCCAACAGAAAACAAUAGACAAAAGGUUGCCAACUCGCAUGAGCUACCUCCCUCUUCAUAAAGUAUUUUUGACAUAUCUGUCAACCCACCCGACUGUGUGGGUGCAUUGAGAACAUAUAAAGUUUCUUAGACACACAGGAGAAAUAAUAACUGAAAUUCACCAAUAUUAAUUUAAAAAAAAGCAUGACCCUUCUACUUAUGAACAAGGGUUUGGGAUUUUUACAUGGAUACAUAUAUCAAAUGCAAAUUUUUUAAAAUUGGGUGGUACAUCAAAUAGAUAUGAAUUUUUAAAAAAAAUAUUCCAAAAAGCAGCUCCCAUUAAAAUGGGAGUGCAUCUAUGUGGAGUCAUACUGAAUUGGGGUGAAUAAGGGCUAGAAAUUUUUAGCCACUAAAUUGGUCACCUGAUCAAAUUGUAUCUCCAAAACUAUAAUCUCUACCUUCUCCUUUGCUGUUGAGAUAUCUUACAUAUUAUAUGUAUUCUGUAUACUCUCUGUUCAUGAGGUUAUUUAGCACAAAGUACAGCAGCUGCCCUGAUAAGCUGCUUUUGCUCAGUGAAGUCAACUUCCAUGUUUUAUCUUUUUUUUGUUCAAUAAAAACAUUUAAUGUCA